UUAAAUUACCUAUUGAUUUAAUGAGAAGUUAUGAAUCUGAAAAUUGAAUAAUAUACAUAAAAAAAGCAAUUUAAAUUUUAUAUUAAAAAUUACGAAUAGAUGUAUCUCAUAGACAUAUCUAUUACCUUAAAAUGAACAAGCUAUUAAUUGUAAUAUUUAAUUCUGGAUAUAUGUAAAUUAUUUAUCGAUUUAUUUUGCAUAUGGUCAAAUGUAUUACGUUCAUUAUAUUGAAACCUUAAUUGUUGGCAUAUUUCGGUAUUUCCUAUUAUAACGAGUAAUGAAAAUUAUAUUGAACUAUAAUAGCCUGGAAUUUAUAGAACUCGCAAACGUACUGUUUCUUUUUUUAUGUGUCAUUUUUAUUCUAAUCUUUUACAGCUCGUUUAUUUAUAUUUAUUGACAACGUAAUCAUGUGAAAUGAAAUAAAAUAUUGUUAAUUUCGAGGGAAAUUUUGUUGCGAUUAUCGCCUAUGAGAAUCGAUAAUAGUUUACAAUUAUUCUAUAUAUUGUUAUUUUACAAGCGAUGUUCUUUAUACAAGUUUUGCUCAUUUAUAAUUCCAAAACUAUUCCAAAAAAAAUUUUAAGAAUUUUCUGUUUGUAUUCCGUAGUAAUUUUUAUUAAAGUUAUUAUUAGGUAGUCGCAAGUCCGCUAUUUAUAAAUCUUUUAAUAAUUUUAAUACUUGCAUUUUUUUUGUAUUUUUUCAGAUAUUAAUUUCUAAUUUUUAUCAUGAUUAGAUUUUAUCACGGGAGAAAAACUCUCAGCGUUUCAUUAUUCUACAAUAUUAAUUAUAGCUGUGCCAUAAAUGGUUGUCUUUAUCGCGUAAUUUCUGUUACUGGGUUCACUAGGUUGAGGGAAAGGUUUUACGAAAGUCGGUGUAGGAUGCCAGCAGUAUAAUUAUUUGACGGCAGUUAUAAAUGUUGUAGGCUAGUCUCAUGCAUGCAACUUUUCAAUAUUUUGAUAUAUUACUCUACGGAUUGAGACAUUAUUGCCGCCUGUAUUUGCAUCUCACGUUUAGCGGUAAACGUGGGUGUUGUGAGUCUGACUUUUAUGAAGAUCAUGUUCAAUGUUAGUUCUGAGAAUUAAGUCAUGUUAUGCAAGGGAAUUAAAAUUUUGAAUUCGAGAUGAAAUAAAGGUGAAAAGAUUUUGAAAAGUCAUAGAAUAUAUAAAACAAAAAAAUUAACGAUGCACACUAUUGUAAAUAAAAUAAAUCAUAAGAUAAAAUGUUAAGAUACACAUAUAUAUUAUUUGAAGCAAUAUUUAUACAGAAAUUUAAUAUCCAGAAUCUUUUCAAUAUCAGUUUUUAUUCAUCAAUUUAUCAGUUUUUUAAUAAAAUGAAUAUGGUAUUAUCGUUAUUAAAGCAUCUCUAAAUAUUUAUACAUUAUUUUUUAAGCUUUGAUUCAAAUUUUAAUAUACAUAUAUAUAUAUAAUAUUAAAAAAAUAUGAUUUUUUUUAUUUUUUAAACAGCAUUUCAAAUGUCUAGCAGAUUUCGUUUGGAACACACACAGUUCGUAUUUCUCCUUACAAAAAGGUGUAGGCAAAUCUGUAGGGCUCCUAUCGCGACGAUCGUUUCUGCAAACGUCCGAAACUCGAGACCGCUUCUAGCUGAUGCGUCGCGGAGACAAGAAACUCGUCGAAUCCACACCCAGUUUGCAAAGGCGCGUAACACACUGUUGCCGAGAUGCACGAACGGCUGCGGAAAUUAUGAUGUACCAUAACUGACGACACCGUACAUCACGCCCUUGCCCAUUUUCACGCCACGUCGCGUCGCGUCGCGUCGAGACCGUCGUCGUAAAAUAGAGGAACGCGUGUCUUUCCUUUUACGAAGUCGUUGUCGAAGUCGAGCUGUUAGCUUUUGCGAUGGGCUCGUUAAGCCGGAUUUUCACCGUUUCGUGGGUGAUGCUCCAAGGAGAGAGGAGACCGUAGCGCUCGGCAUUAUCGAUCGCCAUCAAUUAGAAGCCGUCCGGAAUCGCCGAUCGUUAGGCCGGUGUCGAUUAGAUCAUUUAACCUCGCCACUUUCUUGCGCGCGACGAUCGACACCGACGCACGUUCGCACGUUCAUAAAUUAAUAGUGUAAAAACGUCGCAGAUAUACCAAAUUUAAACGUCACCUUUCUUCGCAACGCUAAGAGCACUGGCGGACAAACAAUGCGUCAAAAAGAAAAAUUAAUUUAAUCUAUCUAAACAAAAUUAAAGGAUAUUGAAUGACGAAGGAUACAUUCGUAAUCGUUUCUAUUAUUUAUUUGCAUCUGAGCUUUUAAAUUCAGAAUUGCUCGUCACUUGAUAUUAAGAUUGAUAAAACAUAUUCCACGCGAAUUUUCGCAGGUGCUGAUGUACCUCCACCGAUCAGCUGCCAAUUUCCCUCUCCCUUUUCUUUUUACCAGAGUAUCCAUGGGAUUGCACGCGCGUGUGGCGCGUGCGAAUGGAGCCACGGCAGCGACGUGUCGCGGAUAUACUCAUGUGCGUGCGUGCGUGCGUGCGUGUACCUUCACUGCUAUACCUGGCCAAGAUUUCUCUCCCCUCCGUCUCUCACUCUCGCGGCGCUCACGCACACACGCGCGCGCGCGCGGACGCGUGUACCACCGUCACGGACGCUCACGCACGCACGAACGCACACUCCACGUCUCUCUUUCUCUCUCUCUUUCUCUCUCUCUCUCCCUCUCGGUCCGCGCCGCGGGUUCUCUAAGGCGACUUACGCCUACACGUUGUAGUUGCAGCAUCCACACUUAGCCCUCCUCAGUCCAGCGCGUGCCUCCACGCGACCAACCACCACCUCGAUCACUGCUCUCUCACUCUCGCGCGGGUUCACGUUCGCGCGGUGGCGAGUCCCAACACACGUUCGCCGCGAAUUUCGCGCUGGCAGUGCUUUCGGCCAGCGCCUGCUUGAUCGCGCGACUCGAUCAAGUGGUCCGCCGCGGUGUCCUGUGCGUAACUGUGUGUCGCACGAGUGGAGAAAAUUAAAUGAAGUGCAUUGGAUGUGGCUGUCAUGACGAAUGUCGCGUCGACGCUUCCUAACGGUAUAAUUUCACGUGUGCUCGACGAAACUGUGUGAGAAAGCUUCGACGCGUUUUGUAGCAUUUUGUAACGUCGUAUGAAAAAAAUGUAGAAUGUCUUGGCUGGCGCUUACAGAGCUAUGAAAAUUCGUUGAAAAUUUAACGACAGUUGAACAUUUUCUUUCAUUUUAUACUGCGGAGCGAUUGAAUAUUUCUUUUAAAACGGGGAAAAAAAUAAGUGCGUUUUUUAUUGAUAGCAUAUUCUUAAUUAAGUCUUAAUUAAGUCUUAUGAAAAUAUAUUCUCUAAUAGCGCGGAAUAAUUUAAUGAACGUUCAACUGUUAAAAAAAUUUUGAAUAUAUCUUGGAUCAUGACGGCGCAUACAUAUUUGUAACAAGUAUCAUCCAGUUUAUAAAAAAAUAAUCGUUAUAACGGGUAGUGUUGUGGGUGGUGGUGUUCGCGUAUCACGAGUGAAUCGUUCGCGUGAGUUACGUUAUCGAUAUUCGGAGUAAUUCGGUGAAUAGUGUUUAUCAUAAAAACAUACUUCAUCUAUAAUGAAUUCCAGUGAAUAGUAUUGCAGUAUCGCAAUGCUUUUAUUUUAACAAUUAGCUGAGCUAUAAGCUAUCUCGAUAUCCGCGAUGGCGUACAGUAGUAGGCGCGAACGUGCGGUUGAAUGUGUGAUUUUAUCGAGACGGGCAAGAGCUGAGUAGAGAAUUCGCAUUCGAUCGUUCGGAGGGCUUGAUCGGAAACCAGUUGACGAUCGAAGCGCGAGGGUACAGAGCCGCGCGUUUCGUUGACGGUCGUUGGCGACCGAGUUCGGCAUCCGGUCUCAUCAUCGGCGACGAUAAAAAGGGACGGGGGAGGAGAAUCGGCUUACAGUUUAUCGAUCUGUCGAUCGAUCGGGGAAACGUCGCGCCCGCCGCUCGGCGAGAGCGGGUGAACGUUGGCACGCGGAUUGGAAAUCGGCGAGCGUGGGUUGACACGCGGCGCCAACCUGUUGCACGAGAUCGGACUCGUUUCCAUUUAGAGGACUACGGGAGCCCAGGCCGAACUGGCUGCCGUCGCUCCGACACCGUGGGACCCGUCCUCGAUCCGGAGCCAGGAAUUAAUCAACCGGACCGGCGGAGUUUCGAGUGCCCACUUCUGAUUAACACGCCCGAGCGUGUCUUUAUCGGGGAUGCGGUGGGAUCGGAAGUUCUCCGUAGUAGCUCUCCGUUUCGCUCUGAGCCAGCUAUCGAUGCUGCUUGCUUCUGAUUAACGUCGUGUUCCUCUGAAGGAGGCUGUUGACGACAGGAGGUAUUCAAGAUACGUCUUCGACUCGAAACCGGGAAUUAAUCAAACCAACUUGUGAUUAAAUGGACCCAAUGGUCAGCUCAUCGAGCGGAUUGUAGAACCACGAGUCUUCAAGAUAGACCUUCGAUUCGAUGUUUGGAAUUAAUGAGAUUGCAGUUAUGUGUGUUGCGAGUACAUUUCUUAAUGUUGGAAUGUGAAUUACAAGUAGUGUAAACUAUCGUGUUGAAAUAAUUCAGCGUAAAAGUAUCACGUAGUAUUUAUAAGAGUACGCGCGCAUGUGUGUGUCGCUUAACGUUUAAAACUUUCACAUCGAGUGCGUAUCGAAAAAGACGAAGAAGUCCGAAACGCGGACUGUCCGCGUUGGAGAUCGGGAUCGACAACUUUGCAGCUCCGAGACAGAAUGCACAUCGGAUUCAAAAUGGUCAAUUACUCGGUGAUUAGUUUUUUCGUCCUCUGGAUCAGUCUGUCGUCGGCCAGUUUCUCGACUGGCGAGCUGUUGGAGUGCCGGGCGAACUUGACGGCGACGAUCAGGAACGAUACGAUGUUCCUGGAGAAGGUGCGCCAGUCGGACUACAUAUUCACCGGGAAGGUCAAGGAGCUGCGGCACGGACAGCUGCUGCACGUGCGCGUCAAGAGGGCGAUCAAGGGCGCGCUGAACGUCACCGUCGACAUCGUCACGAAUGAUACCUGCGGCCGUUACAUCAGGCGCGGCUACACCGGCAUCUUCAUGGCGCGUCGCGGUGCCGGCGACGUAGUAGGCAGCAGGAUCGUGAUGCACUUCGGCCCGGUACCGCUUACGCUCGCGAAUCUCGACAGGCUGAACGCCGCCGUCAGAGGUGAGUUUUGCCCGCCGUCAGGCAUCGUUCUUCGUUUCUUUCACGUCUGGUAGAAUGGGGAAACGCGGCGCGAACAUUCGCGCUUUAACGAGACGCGCUCCAACGUCUAUGCGUUAAAAUGCUUUCCGUUAAUUGGAUAAGUCGGAAUAUGGACUACCCGGGCGCAGUACCGCCGGGCGCGAUGCAAGCGCAACGGCAGCCUGUCCGUUCACGUUUAAUGGACCUCGUCAUCGGGCGAGAGCGACGCGGUUUCGCCAGGGAAUGCGCGCAGCUCGCUCGUUGGAUUAUACGGUUCGCGCCACUGUUUAAUAUGCUAUGCGGAAUGUUUUCUGUAUACGAUUUAGCUCUCUCAUUGGUUCAUUUUGGAGCCGAGUUGUAAGUCGUGAAGUUUGAAAGUUUAGACUCGCUUUAAAAAUGAAAAUAAACCACUUCUUCACUUUAACAGGACUUUAAUAAGGAAGAUUUAGGAGAAUCUAUUUGCGCCGAACAAUCGGAUUUUGGAAAAAAAAAGAAUUUUACAGAGUUAUGUUGGAAAUCUCUCGGUUUAUUUCGCUUUAUAGUGUACAUACAGGAAUUUAUUGAAAUUUCUAUUUUCUUUUAUUCGUUAUACAACUCGCAUUGCGCAUUGGGAAUAAAGAAAGGAUUUCACAUUCACGACAAUUCUUUUUUUUUUCUUGCAUAUUGUGCAGUAUUCUCUUACAAGAAUCAUGCGUGAGCGUGUUGACACGCAAUGUGUUGUUGGCACGUAGGUGGAUAAAACACGUCAGUCGGUUAGCAUUCAAGGUCCACCGGGCAAUCGUCUCGACAAAAGCGCAGGAGAGCUAGAAACGACAGUAUCUUCUUAUGUGAAUUAAUAUCUGAGAAGGCAAAAAA